AUGACGCCCAGUCCCCCCGAUGAAGCGCUUCACUUUCGCGGAAAGACUCUGACCCCGGAAAGCCCUCGACCUCUACACAUUCCCGAGCCAUCGAAUAUCCCAGUCUUAGAGAACCAAAUGGACCCCGUCUUCAACAAUACAUCCACCUAUGAACGCUCGGUGUAUAAUCAGGUCCCGAAAACACAUGAAUGGUUGCACGGAGGGUUAAAGGAUGAUCAGGGGGGACCGAGUACCCAAGAUGCUGGUAGUUUCCAAGGCUCGCAGCCGAAUCGUGGGAUGCAGAAUGAAAUCACUACUUCUGCAUACUACCCUCUCAACCCAGCUUCGGGGUCCGAAAAUAGAGGCCAACUGAGCUCAGGUUUCUCUCACCCCGAUUCCACUUAUUCCCACGCUGCUCCGAUUGCUCCGGUGUCCCAAGGCUUUGCCACUGGGAGCGAAGUAGAUCAUGCCCACAACCCGGAGCAAUCAAAGAUGCCGGACCGCCUAGUUGCCGAGGAGCGCGUGGGACAUAACGCGGAUGUCAAUUUCCAGAGCCUGCUCGACAAUCUUUCUCUCCCCAACCCUGGUGCAACCAUUCCUGCCGUUUCUACAGCUGAGAACUCGUCUCUCCACCAAGCACCCGCUGGCGACUCUCUCAAAUCCCAGGGCACCCAUGCUCACCCUCAAGCCCAAAGCCAUGCUUCUAUCCAGGCCCAUUAUACUCCAAAUGGCGAGGCAUAUCACCAAAUUCCGUCUGCCCAUGAUGCUGCCACUACAUCGCCUACCUACUCAGCCCAACCUAGUAAUACUCAAACCCAGAACCAGUCUCGGCCAUUUAACAUUGCUUCUGGAGGGGCCUCGGCCGUCAACAACCUACUUCCUAUCGGCACCUUCCCGCAAACCCCAUCUACCGGUGCCGAAUCUCAGGGUUCCUUGCAAGAGCCUUCUGUAGCCUCCAAGAAAUGCCGUGUUGACAAGCAGGGUCGGCCUAUCAAGCCUGCUGACGACGAUGCGCCCUGGGGUCCAGAGGUUCAAAAGAAAUAUGAUGAGUUCCUACACGAUGAGCGGAUCUAUGUGACGGAAGGUCUUUGGGAUCGGUUCCCGAUGGGCUCCAGGUUGUUCGUUGGCAAUCUCCCCACUGAAAGAGUCACCAAGCGAGACAUGUUCCAUAUCUUCCAUAAGUACGGCAAACUGGCUCAGAUAUCGAUCAAGCAGGCGUACGGCUUCAUACAGUUUCUAGAGGCGAGUUCCUGCCAUGCGGCUCUCGGCGUCGAACAGGGAGCCAUCGUCCGGGGCAGGAAGAUACGAAAACCUAACCGUCCCCAGACCUUGAAAUUUCAAAGCCUCAGCGAUCGACUCGGCCUGCUCAAGGACCUGAAACUUCCCGUGCACCACCGCCACGCCGUUCCCGGUCACCGGAGUUCAGCCGUGCCAGUUCUGGGCGAACUAACGUCCGAGCCCCGGUCGAUCGAUACGACCGGUCUAAGCCCUAUGAACCCAGUCGGCUUCCAUUUAGCGAUUUCCGGGAUGAGCCUUCUCACCGCAGCAGACGCGACGACUAUCGCCCGCCACGAUCGCCUUCCCCGCGACCCUUUCGAGGGUCUAGAGAUGGGUAUCGGUCGCGCGAUAGAACCCCAGAAAGAUUUGAUCGCCGCGAGCGAAGGCGCUCCCGUUCACCGCGUUCACCGCGUUCUCCUUAUUCCAGAGAUCGACGUUACCGCAGCAUCAGCCCAAGACCGCGUGGUAUCUAUGAAGGCGAAGCAGAUUUGCCUGUGCCUCGACGAGCUCAGCGAGAUGUGCCAGAGGUGCAGCUCCUUGUACUGGAGGAACUCGACAGGUGGGUUGAAUACAUCGAGUUGUGUUUGGACAAAGCCACUGACAUCGCAAAGAAACUUCGUUCUUCAUGUAGAGAACGCUUUCCGCAACCGUGGAUUGCGAGUGGAUGUCCUGGUCCUUGGUCCACGGAUUCCUCUUGGCGCCGCCGUGCAUCGUCAGUUUAUUGAAGGUGUUCUUGCGGUUGUUCGCCUCUCUCGUCCGAAUCAAGUGUCUCGCAAGAUUCCUCUGCAGCUGUUUGAUCGAACUGCUGGAUUGGAUAACGUCCGCUUCCUCGAUUACCCUGAGCUCGAGCCUAAUAUGUCCGCUGAGCUCCUAAGCCACCAAUCCCAAGCCAUGCAGCGAGGUGCAGCUCCAGCCGCAUUUGCACCCAACCCUGCUUUCAUCGUCCCUUCAGCACAACCUAUGUCGGUUCCUCCGCCUGGCAUCCCUACGCUUUCAAAUCCACCCAAUAUUGCGAACCUCAUUGGUUCACUGGAUGGUCCUAGCCUAUCAACUCUCUUGUCAGCGCUCCAGCGACCACCCCAUUCGCAGCCCGUGUCUGCUACUCAGUCACCCUUUUCCUCGCCAAACCCACCCCCGGCCGACCUUGCCAGUCUCCUGACCAACGCGCAUCGGCCUCCCCCUAUGCAAACCACCCAACAGCCACCCCUCCCCCACCCACCCUUCAAUCUCCAGCCUGUAAAUGCACCCGUCAUCACCGAUCCAACCCUGCUCUCGCUCCUGGCCAAAGGACUAGGUGGACAACAGCAGCAGGGCCAGGGACCCGUCGGUCCCCAGGUACAGAACCUGAUGCAGCACCUUGCUAAAUGGAAGCAAUGA